AUGUCCCGCGGAUCCGCUUGUAAGCAGAGCAUGCGUGGCGAGUGGCUCACACCACUUGGCAGCUUCGCCACGCACGAGUACUACCGCUCUGUUCAAGAGGAGGUUAUCGCGUGGUGGCGGCAGCACCAGCGCCAAGACCUCCCAUGGCGGCAAACGCUCCCUCGUGGCAGCGGUGACUUAAGCGGAGCGGUCGACGGGGAAAAGCACUGUACAAGUGCUACCACGGCACGUUAUGAUUCAUACCAGGUGUGGGUGUCCGAAGUAAUGUCGCAGCAGACACGCAUGGAAACCGUCAUACCGUACUACGCUGCGUGGAUGAAGAAGUUUCCGUCGAUUGAGGCGCUCGCAGCGUCAACGGAGGACGAGGUGAAAUCUGUGUGGGCAGGUAUGGGGUACUAUCGUCGAGCUAUUUACCUACGCAAAGGUGCGAAGUACCUCCUCGAGCGGUCCAGGGAGAGGGAGGCAACCGGGUCGUCUUGUAUGCCGUCUUCCCAGGAGGAACUCUUGAAAGUCCCUGGGAUAGGUCCAUACACAUCGGCUGCCAUCGCCUCAAUGUGCUUCGGUGAACCUGUGUGCUCUGUGGACGGUAAUGUGAUACGCGUCCUGAGUCGUCUCCGCGGUGAGCGAGAUUUUGAUCCUAAAGUUCCGGCGAAUGUCAAAAAGGCAGCGGCGUGGGGACAGCAGCUCAUAGGCAACUCACCCACCACCUCCGCAGUGGUUUGCCAAGACCCGAGCGCUUUGAAUCAAGGACUGAUGGAGCUGGGUGCGUCGGUGUGUCGCCCGAGUGGAGCGCCGCUCUGCGCCUCAUGUCCCUUACAGCGGUUUUGCUGCGCCAGCUCGCUGCUACGGGGAGGCGAUAUUGAGGCGAUCGAGGGUGUCAUCCCGGUUCGUGCAGCGAAAAUGGCGAAGCGCAGCGCACGCGAGCUUUGUGUUGUGCACGAGGUGUCGGGGAGUCGAACUGGUGACGCCAGGCGUUUUGUAGUCGUUCGGCGUCCAGCUAACGGGCUGCUGGGCGGCAUGCUCGAGUUCCCUACCGUGAACGCAUCCGCAGCAGAUGACGAGGAGGCCGUCGUGCCUUUGCUGAAGCACCCACUGAGCGUGCUGACGUGGAAAGCGAGGGCGAGACCGACACUUGUCAGGCUGUGUGGAAGCGUUCGCCACAUAUUCAGCCACAUUGUCAUGGAUGUAGAGAUUGUUCACGUCCAAUGGCCCCCUGAUGCCGAUGGAGCCGCCCUGAUCAAGAGGGUCGCAGAGGUGAUGGAUGACCACUGCGCGGGCGACUGCUGCGACGAACUCCCUGCAGCUGCACGCAUCUUUCUAAUGUCGGAGGCGGACCUGAGGGAGAACGCACCGAGUCGCCUAAUGCUGAAAGUGCUCCAGAAGGUAUUUUCUGUAGAGGUCAAGGAAGUGCGCGCCAGUAGAACUGGGAAGCGAGCUAUCCAGGAGAGUUCUGACGCCUUGUCCCCGCACAAGAAGGUGGCGAGGGGAGAGCAGACGCACUCUUAA